UCUUCUCUCUCCUGCCAGCGUGUGUGGCGGAGUGGAGGUGGCACAGCAGGGCAGAGUCUCCAGGUCCAGGCAGGCCAUCUUCCAGCAGAACUCCGUUACCCGCCGAGCACAACAGGCCAGACCUAACAUGAAGCACUUCACCGCGGUACUGACCCUGAUGGGUUUAGCUGUAUCAGCAGCUCAACUGAUUGUUACGGAAGAGGCACCACAGCCUCCCCACCCCUACAGCUUCUCCUACGCUGCAGGACGAGCUCCUGGCCAUGUAGACAGAGUCCAUUCGGAGACUAGUGAUGGAAGUGGUGUAGUAAAAGGUCAGUAUUCUUAUGUGGAUCCCCGCUUCAAGGUGCGAACAGUCGACUAUGUGGCUGAUGCCCAUGGCUUCCAUGCCCAACUGAGUGACCCCGUGCGGGAUACACCAACAGUAGCAGCAGCCAAGCAGCGACACCAUGAUCUCUUUGCUCGAAUCGCAGCAGACCAUGCUCGCAUUGCCGCAGAGAGGGCACAAGAUGCUCUUGAAGAUCCAAACCACCUCCUAGUCCAGAACAAAUAGACUAAGAAAAUGGAUGUGUGGCAAUGAAUGUUUUCUAUGAAAGUGCAAAACAAAUAAACCAUUCAGAUUUUCCUGUGUUGGAAA